AAGAAGAUUUGGCGAAAUAUCGUUCAAUAAUAUUAAAUGAAAAGAGUCGCGUUAUAAGAAAAAUUUAGUCAGCAUAUUGGUAAAUGGAUGAGCAGGGUUGUCCAAGAUGUUUAACGACAAAAUACAGAAAUCCUUCUUUAAAACUACUCGUGAAUGUAUGCGGUCAUUCGCUAUGUGAGAGCUGCGUGGAUCUGCUGUUCAUCAAAGGAUCUGGAAACUGCCCAGAGUGCGACACAGCCUUGCGGAGAAACAACUUCCGACUGCAACUCUUUGAAGAUGCAUAUAUUGAGAAAGAGGUGGACAUUCGUAAGAAAGUUAUAAAGGAUUGCUACAGAAAGGAGGAAGAUUUCACAACAUUGAGGGAAUAUAAUGACUAUUUAGAGAGCAUCGAAACUUUUGUUUACAAUCUAACAAACAAUCAGGAUGUUGAGAACACAAAACGGCUGAUAGAGCAGUACAAGCGUGAGAACAAGGAAACUUUUCAGAAAAACAGAAGUAAACUGAGCAAGGAUGAGGAGUACCUGGCCAUGCUGAUAGAGGAGGAGGAGAGAGAGGCACAGCUGCGCAGGGAGCAGGACCGGGUCAGAGACAUGAACGAGAAGAACUCCCGUAAGAAACACAAGGAGGAGCUCAUAGAUGAACUGAUGUUUUCUGAACGGCCUGCAUCUGCCAUACUUGCUCUGCACAAUGCCGCAAACACCACAGAUCAUUCCAGUGCAAAAGGGAAACAACCCUUCCCUAAAUUCUCAUCUGGUGCAUCAUGGGGAUUCCCCACCACUGACGGGACUGCACUGCCGACCCUCACAGACCAAGGUGAGCCGUACAUCUACACACCGUGUGAGCUCCAGAUGCUGGGACCUGACCCGCCCAGCGAGUCGGAUGUACAAAAAAAAGGGUUUCUUAAGAACGUGCGCAGUGCCAGUGACGCGGAGAGGGGUGGGGGGUACGAGGCCAGGCUGGCGUGUCAGAGGGCGCUGAUGGAGGCGAUGUGCGGGCUGUUCUUGUAUCAGGACACCAGCGAACCCAUGACCUGAUCACAGCUAACCCAUGACCUGACUACGGGAUCAUUAUAGACAUUUGAUACCAAAAUUAAAGUCAAGUUGAUUAAAGUCAAGUUACUACUUGACAUAAAUAGUUUAUUGUGAGAGACUGUUUGGGUGAGCGCUCUCUGUGCUCUUGAUUCUCAACUUGAAUUGUGAUAAUCACAGGCGUUUGUUACCAGUACUGAUGUUCUUGAUAGUUAACUUGAAGGGAUACAAGCCUGUAGACAGUAAUUUAUAGCUAGACUUUUCAGUUUGUUGGUCCCAGGGUUAACAGUAAAUCAGUUUGAUUAUGCAGCCUUGUGGUCAACUCGGGUAUUGAUGGAACAUUAUCAUAUGCUUAAUUGUGAAACAUGCAUGUCUGAAAGGCAUUGAUGAAGUAUAGGCCGUAUUCAAGUACCUGUGAUUUCUGUUAAAUUACUAAGGUAAGGAUUAAUAAACAUUUUGGAGGCACAUGAGUGAUCAAAGGAUGUUUAACGUAGAGAGCAUUACCUCAUUUACAAAUUAAGGAAGGGCUACUCACCCUUGAUUCGAUUUGCUCUUAAGUCAACUACUUUGUUUUUUGUAGUUUUUAAAAAGGGUGAUUUUUGACAUCAUUCAAGUGUGUUUCGAAAGUUGUACUAUCUGUUAUCUUCAUAAAUAAAAUGUCAUCUUUC